GUCACGUGCGCGUCCCGGGCCGGUCGGCUGGCUCUCUUUCCCCGGCGCCGCCUCCUGCCUUUGCCCCCGGCCCGAGAGGCGGCGGUUCCCGGCGGCGGCUGCUCGGCGUCAUGUCCCACCAGACCGGCAUCCAAGGUACCGACCCCCUUCUCGGGCAGCAGCACCCGCGGCUUCCCCCGGCGCCCCUCCCUUGCCGCUGGAUCCUUCCCAAUGAAUGGCUCCCCGCCUCUCCCUCUCUCUCUCUCUCUCUGCCCUGCACGGAGAUCGGGCCAAACUUCCGGCGUCUGAAUGCAAAAGUAACUUGGAAGGAGCCGGUUCUCCCUUUCCACCCUCAACUUCAUGGCAUCCUAAAGCCGGUUCCGAAAGGGGAAGGGCGGCGGCGGCGGCUCAGCCUCUGAGCGCGCGCAGAAUGCCUUUCACCGUCUCCAGAAUUGUAGUGCGGCAAGAGGGCCCGAGGGUCAUCUAGCCCAACCCCCAGCACUGCGGGAAUCCUACCCAACGUGGGAUUCGAACCCGCGACCCUGAGACUACAGACUGAGCCACAGCCGUGAUUCACCCUCCACCCACCCACUAGGGGAAGAGGGUCCAAGUCAGUGGGUGUGGAUUUCAGACGGUCAAAUUUGAACCCCGGCUUGUGCAUGCACACGUUCCCUCUUUUAAGAUACCGCAUGGGAGCAACUCCUGGGGCUGGUGUUGCUUUGCCCCCCCCGUAAAAUAUUUGAAGGGGCUGCCCCCCCAUAAGUGGAUGGGCAUUGCCAUUCAAAUGCGCCGCGUCUUGUGAUGCAUUAAGCAGCCCACCCAAUUUAUCAGAUUUAAGUUGGCAUCCCUGAUUCACCUUAGUUGUUGUUUUUUUUAAUUGUUUGUUUGCUGCGGACUCAAGUCCGAGUCUGAUAGUUUGAUUCAAAUCUAAGGCGGCCUCUUGAGCUAGAAAAUCACAAGUCAACACACACACACGCCAUCCUGCAAAGCGGAGUUUUUGCCCAGUGCAACGUGCUCAGUUGCCCCCGGGGCGAUGCUGAGGCGAGGGCGCGCGGGCGACGUGAGCAGAUGUCCUCUUCCCGUUAAAGCCGGAGGGGGCGGAGCAGGCUGCCGCUGGCCUCCUUCGACCUGCACCUGCCCGCAGACUUGACGACUGGCGUUGCAAAAGCCUGUGCUGCAAAGCGAGGAGCGACGGUGCUGCAAAGUUCUUCAACUCUCUCCUGCUUGCUUUGCGCUCCAGAAUACCAUAUACAGUAUAGGAAUAUAUCACAGCCCGGUCCAGCGUACAGUAUAUGCAUACGUCAAACUGGAAGGAAAACCCACUGUGGGACUUAACUUCCCCCAAAGAGGAGCCUGAUGCAAAUCCCCUUGAAAUCCCGUAAUUCCUAACAGGAUCAGGGAGUUCCCAGGUUGUGGUGGUGAGAUCAAAGCAUAGCUGGGUGAGGUGGAGUUUGGAUGCACAGGCAGAAAAAAUCAGCAACUGCUGGUUAUUAAUUGCUGUGUAUUGUCUUGCUGCAGUGUGGAGAGAAGCUUUGCCAGUUAAAUUGCUCCUUUUUUAGAUAGGAAAAUUAAAUAGUGCCGGGGGAAAUUACUGCCGUAUAAACGUGCAAAAGAGACUAGUUGCAUCUUUUGAAAGGCUAUUGUGUAUCAGUGAUCAGAUAAAGACGUGUCAUUUGGGCUGCGUGAUUAGGAUUAGGCAUGGUUUUUAAUGGGUCUUCUGAAAAAAUUCUUUCGCUUCCUAGAAUGUUCUUCAAAACAUUCAAAAGGGGAGGACUUAUCCCUGCCCAAAGUGGCUUUGUGGAGCUGACACAAUUCAGUGCUUUUGCUUUCCUUAGCCUAAGGAGGCAAAAGAUCAAUUUACAGCGGUUGUAGCUCAGUAACAUUCACGUGACUCUUUUUGUAUGUUAGUUCCUGUAGGAAAAUGUUUUUAAGUUGCUAUGCAUGACUCAUCUAUUGAUUGUCAUAGCUGGGCAGUUAAAAGCACAUUAUAUAUACACACACACACACACACACACACACACACACAUUUAAAAACCCCUAGGAAAUUUGAAGUGAUGGGUUGUGGCAUCAGAAAUUGAGACUGUAAUCCUAACCCUAUUUACCUGGGAAUUUACUUCUGAAUAGACAUGGUUAAGAUAGUGUUUGUCAGCUGCAAUUCUGUGCUUGCUUACUUGGACACAAUCCACAGCACACUAGAGAAUAAACUGCACUGAAGAUAGUGGGGUUUACUUCUGAGUAAGCAUGCAAAGGAUUGUACUGUAAGUAUAAUGUUGCAUUGUUUGAAGUUCAGAUGAACACUUUAAGGCAGAUACCACUUAGUUUGUUGAUCAAAAGGAGGCUUAUUUUAAAAAAUGAACAAUAUAUUUUAUUGGUUAAACCACUUGGUGUUAAAAAUAAAUAAAACCUUUUAAUUACACGGAGCUUUUCAUCAGGAAAGUUAGUUUACUUGCAGGGAUCUCUGUCACAAAACCGUCCUGGGGAUAUCGGUAAAAAUUGCUCAUAUUUGUGCAGGUCCCCUUGUGACCUUUGUUGAUUAGUCUGUUUGAUAGAAAGCAUUCACCUGUCACCAAUCUGCUGUGAAUUGUAGAUUUACCAGUGUCCACAGCCAAUACGCUAAAAAAAAUCCUCCAGAAAAACAUCGUCCAAACACAUCAGAUAUUGUGGUUAAAGCUUUAGGUUAAAGCAGGCUUAGAGUAACAUCAUAUAAAACAAUGUAACUCUGUUGCAUGUCAGCAAAAGAAACUUACUAACACCAAAGGGAAUUUAGGUGGCACAAUUCCUUGCCUGAACCACUAUCUUGAUGUACACCUAAUGAAGUCCACAUUUCUUUGACUUGUAUACCAAUUUAUCGCCUCCUAAGAGGUUUACAUAUCUCGAGAAAAAAGUCAAUAUUUAUGAUAACCCCCUCUUCUGCUGAUGCCAGUAAAGGUACAUAGAACAGCUGAGAGCAUUUCCUUUCAAACAUUUGCCAAAAAAAGAGUAAUAUAGAUGAUGCCCUUACUUUAACAUUUCAUAAUGUUCAACUGUGCUCUAUUGUACCACUUUGUACAAAGCGAAUGGGGUCAAUCUUCUUUCCUUUUAUAUUUUUGCAGCUAGUGGCGAAGUCCAAGAAACCUUUGCUAGAGCCAGAAACGGACAAUACAGGUUUUUGAAAAUAGUUAUUGAAAAUGGUAAGUGGUUACUUUCCUAACCUUCGGUUUUCAUUUACAAAGAAGCAUCGCUUCCCAUCUUGAAUAUACCAUUUCUUGAACCAAGGGCUGCUUGUCAAUAAGAUUUGCUUAAAUGUUCGCCACCUUAAUAUUAGUUUUGUGAUUAAAUAAAAUCAUAAACAUAAUUAACAGUGUAAACCAACACAUGUCUACUCGGAAGCAAUUCGCCCUGCGUUCAGUACGGCUUACUCCAAAGUAAGUGAGCAUCGGACUUCAGGUUUAGAGUACUUUUUUACAAUGGUUCAUGUAAGAUUCAUUGUUCUCUAGUAGGAUCUUCCCAUCAGAGUCAAGGAAAACCAGCAUUGACCAAUAUCUCCCGGUAUACUGGUUGCUUUGGGUUGUAUCCAGUGCAAGUUCUACUCAGAGUAGAUCCACUGAAAUUAAGGACCACCUUAAUUAAGGACCACUUACUCCUCUUACCUGAAAGAGGAGGGUCUGUAGCUUAGUGGUAGUCAUCUCUGCAUGAAGAAGAUCUCAGGUUCAGCCCCCCAAUAUCUCUAGGUCCAAGGCUGGGAAAGAACCCUACCUGAAAUUCUGCAGAGCUGCUCAGGUCAAUACCACAUAAUAAAUAAUCUAUAGCCAUAUUAUUAAUAAUAAUAAGAAGAAAUUUCAUUUAUACCCCACCCUCCCCGGCCAGAGCAGCUAACACCAGUAAGAUUACAGUAAAAACAUAAUAGGAAAAAAACAACCAAUUUAAAAUACAGGUUAAAAUGCAAUUUAAAAUAUUAUUGAGACCUUAUAGGCCUGUGUUUUCCUCAGCUGUCAAUCUGAAGUUUGUUUCUUUGAUGGGUAACCCUGGUUCAGAAUUUAAAGUGUUUCCAUGAUUAUGAUUAUUAUAAUUAUUUUUAAAAGUUUUAUAUCUCCAAGGAUAAAUGCUCGAUUUCUUCUUCAAUCCCUUGUAUCAGUUCUCAAUUUCUAAAUGCAAAAUUGCAUUUCAAAUAUCCCUUUUUUAAAAAAUGAUGAAUAUUCAUAUGUAUUAGAGAAAUAUACAAUCUUGGCCUUCUGUCUUUAGACACCUAACAUUCCAGAGUAAUUUUUUUAUGAAAAGAUUAAACUUCUGGCUUCCUAUCAUUCUGUUAAUCGAGUGAAUUACUCUUUGUACUACUUCUUUACCCUUUUGUACUUAAGCACUGACUUAGUGUACAUUCAGCAGAUUUCAAAACAAAGUACAGUAUCAGUUUUUGCCUGCCAUGUACCAACUCUGUCUUCACAGAACAGCUGACUGUGGGAUCAGCAAGACAAGCUGUUGGAUCCUGGGAAGCGGAUUAUGAUUCCUUUGUUCUCCCACUCCUUGAAGAAAAGCAGCCAUGUUAUAUUCUUUAUAGAUUAGAUUCUCAAAAUGCCCAAGGAUAUGAGUGGAUCUUUAUUGCAUGGUCACCAGACCAUUCUCCUGUAAGUAAUGGAAUGAAAUAUCAAGUGACUUAAAAACACAAGUUGAACUUCCAAGCCAUGAUUGACUGGUUUUGUGUUUUGUUUUUAAGCGAACUAUUGACUUCCUUUUAAUCCAGGGGUGGGCAACUUAAAAAACCCAACUGGUAUCAAAGGUCAGCCAGCAAUGUUGACCAAACUCUGUACCUUGGUUUGUGAACAGCCUAGUUCCCGAACAAAUCGGCUCCUGAACGUCGCAAACCUGGAAGUGACUGUUCCAGUUUGUGAACUAUUUUUGGAAGGCAAAUGUCCGACGGGGCUUCCGCGGUUUCUGAUUGGCUGCAGGAGCUUCCUGCAGCCAAUCGGAAGCCGUGAUUUGGUUUUCAAACAUUUUGGAAGUCGAAUGGACUUGUGGAACAGAUUCUGUUCAACUUCCAAGGUACGACUAUAUUAUAUUAAUACGGAACUGGGCAAUGUGUGCCCCUCCAGAUAUUGUUUGACUUCCACCUCCCAUCAUCCCCAGCCAGUAUGAUAAAUGGUUAGGGAUGAUGCAAGUUGUAGCCUGGCAACAUCUGUAACAGUUAUUUGCUCUCACAGCAAGUGUCUGAGCCUCUCCUUCCCCUACACACCCACGUAGCCCCAUAGUGCUCUCUCACAUGGCUGUGGCCAGUAUGGAAAUACUUUAACUGUAUGAAUGAAGCCAGACUUACAAGUCCUGGCUAAGAGACAACCAAUUAGGUUGGAGAACACAGUCAAUCCCUUGAAUGUAAUUGUGGCAGCCACAACUCUUACAGUGGAAUAACAUCCUGGCACCAGGCUACAGGGAACCAGGCAGAGGGCCUUCUCGGUAGUGGCACCAGCCCUAUGGAACGCCCUCCCACCAGAUGUCAAAGAGAACAACAGCUACCAGACUUUUAGAAGACAUCUGAAGCAGUGGCGUAGCGUGGGUUGUCAGCACCCGGGGCAAGGCAAGUAAUUUGCGCCCCCUAAGUGAGAGAGAGUGAGUGAGCCAGGUAGGGGCAGAGAGCUGCGAGUGCGAGUGCCCCCCCCCCAGAUGUUGCGCCCGGUGCGGCCGGCCACCCCUGCACCCCCCACGCUACGCUACUGAUCUGACGGCAGCCCUGUUUAGGGAAGCUUUUAAUGUUUGAUGCAUUACUGUAUUUUGUUGGAAGCCGCCCAGAGUGGCUGGAGAAGCCCAGCCAGAUGGGUGGGGUAUAAAUAAUACAUUAUUAUUAUUAUUAUUAUUAUUAUUAUUAUUAUUACCAUGACUUCUUCUAUACCACUAUGUGGGGCUGCUGUAUUGGGCUAGUGGUUGAAGGAAUGAUAUCUUAAAGCACAACAAAUACAUCUAGGGAAUGAAGCUGGUAACCUUUGCUGUUUGGUUCCUCCAGUGAUACAGGGUUCAGUGCUCAUAGAGCUUUUAUGAGCAGUAAGAUGGCCAGUACUUCGGUCACAAAUGGUGAACUGAGCUUGUUGGUGAAGGUUCACUGGGUUGUACCCAGAGCCAGCUUAGCAGAUUCUGCAGUGCGCUGGCAGGCAGUAGUUCUCCAGGGUUUCAGAUGGAGCAGUCCCAGCUAUACUUGGAGAUGCCAGGGAUUGAAUCUGAAACCUUCUACAUGAGCUGUGGCUGUAGCUUGUCAUAGCAGAAAGCAAGGCCCAGUGGUUUUAUGCCUUUGGGGAGUCACUUUUGCCUGAAACAUCCACUUAUCUGGCUUCCAAGGCAAAAACUCAAUCUACUCUUGGCAGGUUCGUCAGAAAAUGUUGUAUGCAGCUACCCGGGCAACCCUGAAGAAAGAAUUCGGGGGCGGACAUAUUAAAGACGAAGUGUUUGGAACCAACAAGGUGCGUAUUCUGCAGAGGGAUUUGCUUCUGAGCGACACCUUGGAAGUAAUCUCUCUUCCAUUUCUAUGUGGCAACUGAAGUCCACUAAGUCCUGUGCAGGCGUUAUAGGCCCCUUGUUGGUUUAACAAGGGAGUAAGAAGCAGGGUGGGACGCGGGUGGCGCUGUGGGUUAAACCACAGAGCCUAGGAUUUGCCCAUCAGAAGGUCGGUGGUUCGAAUCCCUGCAACGGGAUGAGCUCCCAUUUCUUGGUCCCUGCUCCUGCCCACCUAGCAGUUCGAAAGCACGUCAAAGUACAAGUCGAUAAAUAGGUACCACUCUGGCGGGAAGGUAAACAGCGUUUCCGUGCGCUGCUCUGGUUCGCCAGAAACGGCUUAGUCAUUCUGGCCACAUGACCCAGAAGCUAUACACUGGCUCCCUCGGCCAAUAAAGCGAGAUGAGCGCCGCAACCCCAGAGUUGGCCACAACUGGACCUAAUGGUCAGAGUUCCCUUUACCUUUAAGAAGCAGGGCUGUGCCGCAGAACUCUGCUCUCAGCAUCAUGCGCCCCCCUGACAUAGACCAUAGAAUUGUAGCAUUGGAGGGGACCCUGAGGAUCAUCCAGUCCAACCCACUGCGAUGCAGGAAUAUGCAGCUGCCCCAUACUGGGAUUGAACCUGCAACCUUGGCGUUAUCAGCACCAUGCUCUAGCCAACUGAGCUAUCAGUGUGUGCAGCAUGGACGUCCAUCAGGAAGGGGUCUUUGCAUCUCUAGCUGUACAUACAGCUGGUUGCACCAAAGCCUCCUCCUUACAGAUGUCUGUGCUGCGUGCAUGGACAUCAGGAAAAUAGUCUGUUGUGUUGGGACUACACCGUAACAGUGCCACUCCUAUGUUCACCACAGGAUAGCUUUAAAAGAGCAUUAGAUAAAUUCAUGGAGAUCAAAGUUAUCAAUAGCCAUGAUGACUAUGUUCUGCCUCCACGGUCAGAUGCAUUAUGUGUCGGAAUGCCAGUUUCUGGGAACCGCAGGUGGGCAAAAUGCUGCUCCACUCAGGUCCAGCCUUUAAGCUUCCUGCGGGUAUCUGGUUGCCCACUGUGAAAACAGGAUGAUGAUAAGAAUAAGAAUAAGAAUAAAUUUAUACCCCACCCUCUCCGGCCAGGGCUGGGCUUAGGGCGGCUAACACCGAAUAUAAAUUCCAAUAAAACGUAAUAGGGAAAAAAACCCAGUUAAUUAAAAUACGGCUUAAAACACAUCUUAAAAUGCAGCCUCAUUUUAGUAGUAGCCCAUAAAUCAAGACCAUAAAGGGAGGAAACAUCAGAUAUUCACCCGAGCCAGCUAUCCAUGAUGGUCCUACAUGGGUCAGUAAAAAAGGCAAGGGAAAAUUUAUAUACCAAAUCCCAUAUGAGUCAGAGUGAGUCCAAGCUGAAGGCCAGGCAGAACAGCUCCGUCUUGAAGGCCCUGCGGAAAGAUGUCAAAUCCCACAGGGCCCUGGUCUCUUGUGGCAGAGCAUUCCACCAAGUCAGGGCCAGUGCUGAAAAGGCCCUGGCCCUAGUUGAGACCAAUCUAACCUCCUUGCGGCUCAGGACCUCCAAAGUGUUUAUGGACCUUAAGGUCCUCCUCGGGGCAUACCAGGAGAGGCAGUCCCAUAGGUACAAGGGUCCUAGGCCGCAUAGGGCUUUAAAGGUCAAAACCAGCACCUUAAACCUGACCCUGUACCUCACCGGGAGCUAGUACAGCUGAUAAAGCACUGGAUGAAUGUGGUCCCGUGGCGAGGACCCCAUAAGGAGUCUCGUCACGGCAUUCUGCACCCGCUGGCGUUUCUGGGUCAGCUUCCAGGGCAGCCCCACGUACAGCAAGUUACAAUAAUCAAGCGUGGAAGUGACCGUCGCAUGGAUCACUGUGGCCAGAUUAGGGCAAGAAAGGUACGGGAGUAACUGUUGCACUCAAUGGGUCCUUGGUCUAAUCCAGCAGGAUUAUCCCACAUUCUUAACACAGGAGCCAAAAGGCCCACAUAGCACUGUCAUGAAGGUGUUCUUAUAGUCAGAAGAUCCCAAGUUGGGAAGCUUCAGAGAAGAAUUUGGAAACUUGGGGGAAAUGGCUGGGUUUUUUGUGUUUGCAGGAGGAUGUUUCGCUGAACGGUUACCGAAAGUACUUGGUAACUCAGUCCUCGCCUGCCCCUCUGACCGCAGCCGAAGAAGAACUUCGACAGAUCAAGAUUAACGAGGUAUUGCACUUAGGCUUGGGAGCCAGGCAUUUCUGCAACGCUGAAGGAACGACAGAAGUAUAUUGUAGGCCAAAUUGUGAAAUAGCUUCCGAGAGCCUACCAGGGUGGGUGGGGGCUGCUUCUAGUCCUAAUUACCUUGUGCAUAAACAUCAGCACAAAUAAUGCAUCUCCCAGGUUUGGUUUUGAAUAUCUGUGACUGUUUAUGCUUUGAGGGGAAGAAUUUCUUCCAAGGCCCGCUAUAAAACAGUAGCCACGAGCACUAAUUUCAGGAAUUAAAAUUUGCCACACUAUAUCCUGCAUACAUUCGUUUAGUUGGUGAAGAAAGCAAAAUGAGGAUCUUACAGUAGCUCUAGAAUCUCUCCUCCAAAAGUUUUUUUAAAAUGUUUUUCUGGUGUCUACCAGCCCAUCCGGGACGUGGGUGGCGCUGUGGGUUAAACCACAGAGCCUAGGACCUGCUGAUCAGAAGGUCGGCGGUUCGAAUCCCCGCGACGGGGUGAGCUCCCGUUGCUCGGUCCCUGCUCCUGCCAACCUAGCAGUUCAAAAGCAUGUCAAAUUGCAAGUAGAUAAAUAGGUACCACUCCAGCGGGAAGAUAAAUGGUGUUUCCGUACACUGCUCUGGUUCGCCAGAAGCAGCUUAUUCAUGCUGGCCACAUGACCCAGAAGCUGUACGUCGGCUCCCUCGGCCAAUAAAGUGAGAUGAGCGCCGCAACCCCAGAGUCUGCCACGACUGGACCUAAUGGUCAGGGGUCCCUUUACCUUUUACCAGCCCAUCCACUUAUUAUUCCACAUAAAUUAUUUGCAUUGAAACAAAUCCCCUUUUUUCUGUCUGACUCUCACACAGAAAGAGAGACAAACUUUCCACUCUCCUGUGUGAGCCUUAUUUGGCACGCUGCCGUUUCCUUUUUGUGAAGAAAACCCUCUUAAAGCCUCAUUAAGAAAUAAAGGUUUUGAUGAGUACGGAACAGUUUAAAGUUCAAGAUUUGAAAUUCUACCACGAGGAUCCUCCUCCUCUUUUGCAUAUAAAUUUUCCACAUGGCUCUACUUUGUGUGGAGCACAAACAGGAUUCUCUAAGCUGUCACCUUUUUCAAGCUGCGUUGCUCUCUUGGUUUUCUUUUCAGGUACAAACUGACGUCAGUGUUGACACUAAGCACCAGACUCUACAAGGUGCAGCAUUCCCUAUAGCUAAAGAAGCCCUUCAGGCGCUGGAAAAACUGAAAAACAAGCAGCUUAACUAUGUGCAAUUGGUGAGUACGCAGUUUCAUCCUUUGAAGGUAAUCCUGAACGUUAUGAGCGUACAGGUUUCUCAUUGUUGUUUGUGGAAAUAGAAAAGGGACUCUGUUCUUAAAAUUCCACAUCUUAUUACAAGCUGGAUUUCUUAUUACAAGUCUGGGUGGUGAACAGUUUGCCUCAAUGGGCCAGAUCCUUAUCAGGAUCAAAUUUCACCGGUGAGGGUCAUUUUGCCAUCACAUAAUUGACAGGUGGGCGGGGCUGCCCACCUGCCACAAUUCCUCUUUGUGCGAUUCCCGCUUGGGAAUCACAUUGUGAGACCUAUUGUCAAAUUGCUUCUCUCCUCCCUCCCAUGGAAAUGGAGGGGGCGGGGAAACAAGGUUGGAGUUUGCAAGUGACAGCAGCAAGCUGGGCUCUUCCAUUUUCCUGCUUUUGCAUACAAAAUGUAGUUUUAUUUCUCUCCUCCGCACCGUGUGACGGGGUGAGAGAAAAACCUGCGUUUUGAAAGCAAAAGCAGCAAAGCAGAGAAGCCCCACUACAGUGGUACCUCAGGUUAAGUACUUAAUUCAUUCCGGAGGGCCAUACUUAACCUGAAACUGUUCUUAACCUGAAGCACCACUUUAGCUAAUGGGGCCUCCUGCUGCCGCCGCGCCGCCGGAGCACAAUUUCUGUUCUCAUCCUGAAGCAAAGUUCUUAACCUGAAGCACUAUUUCUGGGUUAGCGGAGUCUGUAACCUGAAGCGUAUGUAACCUGAAGCGUGUGUAACCUGAGGUACCACUGUAUUGCUGUCACAUGUAAACAUCCACAGCAAGCAGGUUCAGCCUCUCUUUUCAUCAGCUGAUUGGGGGGUGGAGGAAGAUGGGCAAUCCUGCUUAGGGCUGAGUUCAGUUGUGCAAUAAAGCUCUCCCUUCUCAUCUGCUGAAGCCAGGGGUAGAAUCCCGCCUAGCUGUGGAUUCCAAAAGCGCUAUUUGAAGCAUUCCCCACUUCUUCUUUCAGUGAAGGAGGAGGUGGGUUGCUUCAGAGAAUCUUUGGGCCACGAUCGGCCAACAAGAUUUCCCCCGCUCCUGCUCUAGUAGUAUUUUGCUUGAAUCAGAACGGCUUUUGCUACGCAUCUUAAUUCCAACCAAUAUUAUGUGUGCUAACAGCAAAUUGAUAUGAAAAAUGAAACGAUCGAACUGGCUAGUACACUCCCAACGGAGCUGAAGGACUUGCCGAAAAGAAUUCCAAAGGACUCAGCACGGUACCAUUUUUUCCUCUACAAACAUUCCCACGAAGGAGACUACUUGGAAUCAAUAGGUAUGCAAGUAUUUCUGUGUAUGAACUUGAUUAGGUCUUUAUAGCAGCAAGAUUGAUUUAGGGUUUUUUCCCAGCUUAUUAUCCCAUAUAUAUAUAUAUAUAUAUAUAUGCACACAGUGGUACCUCAGGUUAAGUACUUAAUUCAUUCUGGAGGUCCGUUCUUUACCUGAAACUGUUCUUAACCUGAAGCACCACUUUAGCUAAUGGGGCCUUCUGCUGCUGCCGCACCGCUGGAGCACAAUUUCUGUUCUCAUCCUGAAGCAAAAUUCUUAACCCGAGGUACUAUUUCUGGGUUAGCAGAGUUUAUAACCUGAAGCGUAUGUAACCUGAGGUACCACUGUGUGACUGUGUGUGUGUGUGUGUGUGUGUAUAUAUACGGUCUUCCAGUCUUAGAAAGGAAGUGCUUAAUCAUUCAACCUUUGCAACAAGUCUUAUUAAAGGAUUAUAUUUGGAAUAAUCUCUCACCGCUUGAAACAUUCUGCAGUUUUUAUCUACUCCAUGCCGGGCUAUAUGUGCAGUAUACGAGAACGGAUGCUCUACUCCAGCUGCAAGAGUCCUCUUCUAGAAAUUGUAGAAAGACAACUGUGGAUGCAGAUCAUCAGAAAGGUAAGGGGGGUGCGUAAUUUUUCCGCUGCGCCAUCCCACAGAUGUAGGUCCCUGCAUGCUUGUUCUUCUCAUUUAUUUUUACCUGAGAGAUGGAUGGAACAGACAGUGCUGAGCACUGUUGCAAAAAGACUGUGCACGUACAGAAGUGCAGGGGUUUGGAACGCAGAUUUGGAUGGCCUGCCAAAUCUUGGGUUCCCCCAUUUUUGGAAACCAUUUCACCAGCAGGCUGGGCCUCCUCAGCUGCCAAUGAGCUGCCAUCACUAUGAUGCAAGGCGAUCCAUUUUUCCUAUGGAUAACUAGGUGGACCUGUGUCCAUUGAUUUCAUUAUGCUUAGGUGUACCUAACCCUGCAGAGGAUUGGACUGCAUUUUUUAAAAAUAUUAUCCUUUCUAUUCUGUUAGCCAAGUUUAACCAAUAUAAAAUAACCACUAGUUAACUCUGAUCCACCAACAGAUGGUUCUGCAUGCUAUUUCAUACAGCGCCAUCAGAGUGCGUGGUGCUUUAUAGCCAUGCAGGGGGGAAAAAUCGAUUAUAUUUUAUUAAAUUUCAACAUUUUAAACAUAUACAGUCAAAACACACAUUUGUAUUUUCUCUCAUUUUUGUUGACUUCCCACCUCUUUUCCCAUGGAGUUGUUGUUUCUCUACUUCUGCUGCACCCUAUCUUCUAUCUAUCAAAUAAUAACCAUAAUACAGUGGUACCUCAGGUUAAGUACUUAAUUCGCUCCAGAGGUCCGUUCUUAACCUGAAACUGUUCUUAACCUGAAGCACCACUUUAGCUAAUGGGGCCUCCUCCUCCUGCUGCGCCGCCAGAGCACGAUUUCUGUUCUCAUCCUGAAGCAAAAUUCUUAACCUGAAGCACUAUUUCUGGAUUAGCAGAGUCUGUAACCUGAAGCGUAUGUAACCCGAGGUACCACUGGAUUAUAAUCUAAGUACUUUGGUUGCUCAUAGCUCAAAUCUUGCUUGCCAGUUCAUCAUACUAUAAUAUUUCUUUAAAUAGUCUGGAAAAAGCAACCAUUCUUCAUAAAACACUCAGCCAUGCAGAGAUGUUACACUGAUGGUGACUCUCAUGUGUUUCUUUGGAUGAGAGUCAUAAGGCGUAUGAAACUGUCAGCAGUGCAGGAACCAUAUCCUUCGCAUUUAUCCUUACGCUUCUUCUCCAAAUCACUUAGAUUGAAAUCGGCGAUGGGGAAGAGUUAACUGCCGACUUCCUUUAUGAAGAAGUUCAUCCCAAGCAACAUGCACACAAGCAGAGUUUUGCUAAGCCGAAAGGACCCGCAGGCAAAAGGGGAAUCCGAAGGCUGAUCAGGGGCCCGGCAGAAGCCGAAACACCUACUGACUAAAUGCAGCGCCGGGAACAGAAGCGUUACGGUGGGGGUUAGGGAACCCACCCUAGCCUUUAGAAAUGAACUGAAAGCAUUCCACACCCCUCUUUUUCCAGGAGAAUAAGGUGACCUGUGAUUUUUCGCUGCACUUGAGACGCCACCUUAGAUGUUACAAGGUCCACAGCCUGUGGUUGUAAUGAAUUGGGUUAAACUAAAACUAGAAGCUUGUAUAAGGUUAAUUCUAAUAUGAAUUAAUAUCAUAGCCUUACAGUUCAACACUACUCUAUAUGUAACAUAUAUAGGUCUGAAGUCAGUUUAGUGACAACAUAAAAUGGAUCAUUAGCUAGAUAUUGAAUUUUUUUCUCUCGCAUUAUCUACUUUUUAGGGGGCUGCUGCUUUAGAAUAAAAAUUGGCAGGACUGGGCCCUGUUUUUCUCCAUUGUACUUCCCCUGUCCUUCUACAAACUAACAGUGCAAUAUUUUAUUCCACUGUUUUCAUACCAUGAUCCUAAACAUUUAUUUGGAAGCAAAUUCCGUGGAGAUCCAUGGGCCUUUAUUCCAACUAGAUGUUUAAGAUCUGGCUGCCGCAAGACUGAAACCUGACUCAUUUGAUACAGGGACCCAAAAUUAUAUUCUUUGUAGCCUUCUAACAAUACAUUUCUGGUCUUCUGAGAGAAUAACACUAUUAUUUUUUACAUAAAUCAUGUUUGGCAAUAAAGUUAAGCACUACAUGUUUGAAAAAUGUGAUUCUGUAAGCAACACCAAGUGCUAUGAAAUAAGAGUUUUCACCAUCCAAAUCAUUCUGAUCUAAUUAAAUUAUGAAAACUGCUGUGAUGUGAUUGACUCUCAGUUCUGGUCCAGGUCAUGAGCAAACCAUUAAGCGUAUCCUCAUGUGUUUCUUGUAUCUAAGUAAAGAUGUUCUCCA